AACCCCAAUCCUCGCGGGCCAGUUAUUGUGAAUAUCGUCUACGGCAUCGUUUUGUAACUGUACAAUCUUGUUCUCAGCACUUUCUUGGAUCUUCAGCUUCACUCUUUCAGCUGAUAUCCGUCCGGUCUUUCCAACCCCCUCUAUCCCUUCGUUAUACCCACUAUCUAGGCCCUUCACCAGCCACCUUGGUUUACGAUAUCCGCCAGGUAUUCACCAAACGAACUAUUGGCGAUAUCUUCUCCCUGGCACGUAAUCGGCCUUACAUUCGUUCUCUCUGUACACGGAGCAUUCAUCGUUAUCACCAACUCAGAACACUCGCUGCUGUACCCACAUAACAUUAAAACUUAAACUCUAUUCACGAUGCCUUCAAUUCUCAACCUCGUUACCCGAUCCGACAUGCCUGCGGAUUCCAAUGGCUCAGACGACAGCAUGAUCAACCUGAUGCUUGGCCUUCUCGGCCUUGUUUUCCUCGGCCUUAUUCUGGUCGCCAUCCUGUUCCUCUUCCGCCGCGCUCGUCUUCAGAAGCAGGCUGCUACCAUCAAGUCCGAAGAGGACGGCCUGCCUUCUUACUACGAUAGCGACACCAAGCGCUUUCCCAACCACCGCGGCCUUACCAUCGAGACAACGCACAACGGCCGCUCCAGCGUUUUCGUGAUCAACCAAGACGGUCGCCCCAUGCUUGCCAACCCCAACUCUCCUCCUUACUCUCCCGACAACGUCCCAGAGAUCCACAUCACCUUCCCUGAUGAGCAGGACGAGCAAGGCCGACAGCAGAACGGCCGAGUGCUGGUUGUUCGUGUCGGUGACAACUCCGCUGUCGGUCUGGAGCCCAUGAACGACGAGCAGCUCCCUGCCUACGAGAAGGAGGCCAAGGGUCAGUUCUACUCGAUCGACAUGGACCAGAUCGGCGGUCUUAAGGAGAAGGAUCGUACUCAAUUCCAAUAAAGAGAUGCCUCCCACUUGUUGCUUCUCUUCUUUCCAACCGUCGCCGGCGAUGCUUUUUCGACCCGUCUGGACGACUUUGUCACGACAAAGCUUUGAAUACGAUUCUUCUUUUUGGGAACAUUUCCCACACAAAAACUAGCGAAUUAACCCGCCUUUCAUGGCUCGACCUUGCCAUUCAGCAACCGGAGAGUCACGGCAAUUUUCAUGACCCGUUACUAUAUACCCGUUUACGCUGCGGUCUAAUUUUUCGCAUUGCUACCUAUCAGUGGCCAUCCCUCCCCCAUCAUACUUUUGCAUAUCUCGAUUUCCCUUUAGCCGACUCGCAUAACUACUACAACGCUACUAUGGUCCAAGGUCCGAGAGAAGGGCUUAAUCAGUUAUUGAAAAAGAAUUGGAGAGGGGUGGUAGUGCACCCCGAGGAGAGGCCUUGGAUCACUCUGGCAGUUGAUGGAUAGCAUGGGCCAAAGCAAAACACUACAUUUAGCAAUUCUUAUAUCUAUUCUAUGGGGGUUGGGCCUUGGGACAUUACGCAUGGCGCACCUUGGAGUAGCAACCAUCUAUAUCUAUAUCUAUCCCUAACUAGUCUAGUUGAUAGUCCAUAGUGUAUAAUUUCUUAUCCUACU